AUGGCAGAAACAUUCGUCGAGACUUCACUUAUAGUGCGGCCACAACACCAAACGUUUCUGUCGCCGUUGGAUGCGGCAUGGGAUCCUUCAUUGCCAACUGAAGAUGUAGAAGAAUACUGCUGGACACCUCUACAGCUCGCUGCUAGAAGCGGAGAUCUUCAGGCCGUCCGAGAUAUCCUUGCCUCACCAGGUCCCUCUGCCGUCAAUGACCCCCCAAGAGGCUAUUAUGGCCAAACAGCCCUACAAGCAGCCUGCAUGCAAGGACAUGAAGACGUUGUCAAAUAUCUGCUCGGCUCUGGAGCAGAUGUUCAUUUCUGCGGUGGGAAUAACUUUCAGCGUACCGCGCUACAGAUUGCUUGCGGGCAGGGGAAUGAAAGGGUCGUCCACCUGCUUCUGGAAGCAGGCUCAGAAGUAAACAUGAGGCCCGAGACGAAUCACGGCGUUCGGAUACUAACAAGAAGCCAACAAGAGGCAAAUUCGCUGCCAAAUACUUUCGCUGUCGCUCGCUACAAUGGAAGAACUGCGCUACAGGCAGCAUCGGAGCGCGGCCAUCUCAACAUUGUGAAGCUGCUAUUGGAACGUGGUGCCGAGGUAAAUGCGCCCCCGUCGCCAGUAGCGGGUCGCACCGCUUUACAGGCAGCGGCAAGGGGCGGUUUUGGGGCCAUCGUGCAUCUGCUACUUUCUCUUGGGGCGCAGGCCAAUGCCCCGUCAGCAAGGUAUAAGGGCAUUACAGCCCUUCAGGGGGCAUGCCUGCAGGGCAAUUUAGAGAUCGUGGAGCUUCUACUCAGGUCAGGCGCUGACGUACAGGCCUCAGGAGGCGGCUUCGACGGCGACGGGACUGCUUUGCAUGCUGCUGCUGAGAAAGGACAUAUGGAUAUUGUUAAGAAGCUCAUCGACGCUGGUGCUGAUGUGAAUGCGAGCUCUAAUCGCAGAGGGCAGACUCCAUUGCAAGGGGCUAUGGCUGGAGGCCAUGAUUUGGUCGUCGAAUAUCUCAAAGGCCUAGGCGCUGUGGGCAGGACUGGAGGAGGUUUCUUUAUUUUUGAUCACUCAGCUGGCUAGCGGGCUGCAAAUACGCGUUCAGCGUAUCACAUCACCCUAAUCUAAUAAAGAUACGAGGUAUCACACGAU